AUGUCAACCGCCACACCACCAGCAAUUGUAUUCACCGAUUUUGACGGUACCGUUACCUUACAAGAUUCCAAUGAUUAUUUAACCGAUACUCUAGGUAUGGGAGAAGCCAAAAGAAGUGCCAUUGGUCAAGAUAUCUUGGACGGCAAGACUUCAUUCCGUGAUGGAUUCAAAGAAGAAUUGGACUCUGUCACUACUCCAUUCAAUGAAUGUCUUUCUAUCCUAUUGGCCAACAUCAAAUUAGACCCUGGAUUCAAGGAUUUCUACCAAUACUGCAACUCGCACAAUAUCAAAAUCAUUGUCGUUAGUUCCGGCAUGAAACCAUUGAUUUCUGCAUUGUUACAACAGUUGGUUGGUGCUGAAGCAUUAAAAAACAUUGAAAUCAUGUCGAAUGAGGUACGAAUUGAUGAUAAUGGAGCCAAUUGGGAGAUUUUAUUCAAACACCCCGACUCUCCAUUUGGUCAUGAUAAAGCCCAGUCCAUCAAGGAGUACUUGGUCAGCCAUGGCUAUGACACUUCAGAAAUCAAAGAUGAUGGUACUACUGAGCCAAAAUUGUUUUAUUGUGGUGACGGUGUGUCUGAUUUGAGUGCAGCUAAGGAAACCAAUUUAUUAUUUGCUAAACAUGGUAAAGAUUUGAUUACUUAUUGUGUUAGAGAAAAGAUUCCUUAUACUGAAUUUAAUGACUUUCAGGAUAUUUUGACUAAAGUUAAGAAGAUUAUUGAUGACGGUGAAUCGAUUAAGAAAUUUGUUGAAAACCCAUCUAGUGUGAAUUAA